UUGGCUCCGUCAGCUUCGGGGCGCUGAGAGCGCGCCGUUCUGGGCGCUGCUUGGGUCGUCUCGGCCGGUGGUGACCGAUGUGGCGCUGGACCGUGGCCGCUCUGCCGGUGGCUGGCCUGGCCUGCCCGAAAGGCUUCCGGGAAUUCAAAGAAGGAUGCUAUGCCAUCACGGAGGAGAUGGGAAGCAUGACGCAAUGCCAAGAUAACAUUUGCACCUCAUUGGGCGCCACCCUUGCAGUGAUCCACGACGUCGAGGUUCAAUUCUUCUUGGCGAACUUGACCCAUGAGAAAAAGGCACCCGCCUUCGUGGGGCUCUAUGAGCGCGGGAGCAACGAGAGCGGAGAUUGGACGUGGCUGGAUGGAAGCAAUAUGAGCUUUGAGCCUGAGGGGGUCAAUCAGACAGUGAACCCCCUGGCUGGCUGGGCCUACACCGAGCCUGACAAUUGGUGCUUGGACGAAGACUGCGCUGCUUUGGGUAUGGACUACAUCUCCAACUACUCAAGUGCCAAGUUCGGCGUCUUCGCGCCGAUGUUCAACAUGCGUCGCACCAUGGGCUUCUUUGACAUCGCCUGCAGCACACAGCUCCAUUGCUUGUGCCAGACAGGCGAUGUGCUUCCGGCGGUGACGCAAGACUUCUUGAUGUGGGAGUUCAACAACUCUCUGCGCUGGGAUGAGAAUAGCCUCCACAUGAACAGGACCUAUUGGGAGAACUAUAUGACAUGCUUCAAGAAGAGGACGCGCUGCUGGUGGUACAAUGACACCACGUUCCAAUUGACUUUCGUUCUGCUCUCCCUGCUCUGUUUGGGCUGCCUUGUCUUUAGCCUGGCCGGCUGCAAUGGAGGUGCACAGCGAGAGGUCACGCUCAAUGAUGCAACUGCAGCUUCCAACUACGGCCAGCUGCUGGAAGCCUGCGAACGUCAGAGUGAAGUGGACAACACCGUGGACAGGUGGAUCGUGAGAGGUGCAUGGGCAUCCAUGGCGUAUGGCGUGACCCUCGUGCUUCUAUCGGUCACCACCAUGUGUCAUGUGAACUUUGGCAUCGGCUUCGGCUUCGGGGUGGAUGGCUUGGAAGCGGUGCUCUUGAGUGCGCUGCAGGUGCUGAUUUGUGGAUCUGCUUGUAUGGUGCAGAAGCAUUUGUCCACCGCUUCGAGGCAUGUGGUGCAGUGGUGGGUCUUGGCCUUCGCCUUGGCCAAGUUGGGCAUGGCCGUGGGGGACUUCAUCCUCGCCAUCAUGUACUUCAACGAGACGUUGGGUGGCUUCGUGAAGCAGAACUCCAGCUUCUGCACUGCGGGCUACUUGUUUCUUUGGAUGCUCAUGACAUCGAUGAUUUGCCAAUCUGUGGCCGGCACUGCCUUUGCCCGAAUCCACGUGGGCGCUGUGCAACAGAUGGGCGGAGCUGCACAGGUGACGAAGAUCAUCGGAUGUUCGGGUUUGCUCUUGAUUUUCACCACCUUCGGUGCUGGCAUGGGGUUGGGUCUUUGUGGAGCCCUCUUCAUUUUUGAUAACUCCAACGACACGAUUGACCCCAUGGCCGGGAUCUCCAUCACCUACUUCGGUGCUGCGCUCUGCCAGUUCCUGGCUGGUGCUGCGCUGCUCCGGGCCAAUACCCAGGUUCGCGCCUACUUCCAGAGGGAUGCAAGGUCGAUAACUGAGAUGCAGUCUUUUUGAUGGCCAGUGCAGCAGCCAUCAGGGUUGGCCACCCGAAGCGUAGAAAGAUG